GGAGGGGGGGAGUGCUCGGCGCUUUCUCUUUCGUUUCUUGCGAUGCGAGAGCCGCUGCCGGGAAAAGCGGCGAGUGUCCGGCGGCUCCGGGACCCUCAUCGGCUCCAGGACCUUCCCGCAAGACUGUGGGAUCCCUCUUUUCCCCCACCCCGGAGGAGCUGCGGGACCACCAGCACCACCCCGACAGUUCUGGGAGCUCCCAGGGCUGCGGGACCCUCGGGGGCUGCAGGAUCCUCCACGGACUCCGGGAUCCUCGACAGCUGCGGGACCUUCGACAGCUCCGGGAUCCACCCCCGGCCCCCGGCCCCGCGACGGCUCCGGGACUCUCGGGGGCUGCAGGACACCACCCCCGCCCCGGACGGCUUAGGGGUCCCUGAGAGGCUUUGCAGUCCACUCAAAGUAUAGCUGUCAUCGUGUUUAAAUACAGCGACUACAGAGAUCAGUCAGAUGGCUGCGAGGAUGAAGCUUCUUUCAUUUUUCCAUGCUGGCUGCUCUCUGCCUUGCGUCGUUAUCUGCUUCCUGAUGCUCUGCGUUCUGAAGCUGGAGGCAGGUAGGACCUUGCACACUUGCCGGGAGUUGACUGCAUCCUGCAUGACUUAAAUGCAUUUAAAUGUCAAAGGCAUUGAGAAAUUCAGUGCGUCACAGAUUUAUAGUGGUCUCAUAAAGAUUUAAAGAUACUGAAAUGGAUUUAAUUUGGGCAGAUGAGUGAAGGAGGAAGCAGGGAAUCCCCUCACAUUCCUCAUUGGUCUGCUCCUCCAGCCUGCAGGGACCGUGGUGAUUCAUGGUGGACUGCAGGGACCAUGGUGGUUCAUGGUGGACCGCAGGGACAAUGGUGGUUUAUGGUGCUCAAUUUUCGUGGCGAGGAACAGAUAAUCCCAUCCUCCUUGUCAUCAUCAGGGCAGACACUGUGCUGCCCUGCCACCUCCACCCAACCAGGAGCCCUCAGCCUGUGGAGGUGACCUGGCUGCGGGUGCCACACUCCUGGCCCCAGCAUAACAGCCACAAAGGGAUGAACAGCGACAGGGCACCAGGACAUGACCAAAAGACAGUGCUACUGAAGCGCUGGACCUGUGGGGGCCAUGCGGAUUUGAGGCUUUCCAACGUCGGACCAUCCGAUGAGGGACACUACAUCUGCUUCAUUCGAAACAGAAUUGAAUAUGAAGGUGUUCAUCUGGAACUGAAGGUGACAGCCAUGGGGUCUGCUCCUUACAUCUCCACGGAGAGCUACCAAGGAGACGUCAGAGCUGUGUGUCGAUCGGCUGGUUGGUACCCACAGCCCGAGAUAAUGUGGAGGGAUCUCAACCAUCAGCCCUUACAGCAGCAGUCCCAAACAUAUACCCAAGAUGAGAGGGGUCUCUUUGAAGUACAAAGUACCCUUGUCAUAACGGGAAACACCACGAAGAACGCAUCCUGUGUGGUGAGGAACAUCUACCUCAACCAAGAAAGGGGAACAGCUUUUCAAACUUCAGACUUUUUAAAAGAUGCCUAUCCAGGGAUGGCUAUUCUAACCAUGAACCUGACAGUGCUUGGUUUCAUCGGCUUCAUUGUGUAUCUGUCAAAGACCAAAGGGUGGCAGAGAUUCAUGAACAACAUGGGAAAAGCAAAAAUGACCCUGGAUCCGAACACAGCUCACCCCUGGUUGCUCCUAUCCAAAGACAGCAGAGGUGUGAGGUGGGGAGAAGAGCAGCAAGAGUGGCCCGAGAGGCCAGAGCGAUUUGACGCGUGGUGCUGCGUACUGGGCCGCGAGGGCUUCACCAUGGGCAGACAUGUCUGGGAAGUGACAGUAGGCUGUGGGAAGAGCUGGGGUGUGGGACUGGCCAGGGCCUCUCUGAAGAGGAAGGGGCGGACCUACCUGAGCCCUGAGGAGGGAGUCUGGGCAGUGGUGAAGCUGGAGGACAUAUUUCGGGCUCUCACCUCCCCUGAACGCACCCCGCUGCCACAGAGAUGCAUCCCCAGAAGGAUCCGCGUGUCCCUGGAGUAUGACAAGGGGCAGGUGGCCUUUUCCAAUGCAGAGACUGAUGCCCCCAUCUUCACUUUCCCACCGGCCUCCUUAAGGGGGAGAAGAUCCACCUGUGGCUCUGGGUGUGGGACAAAAACUGGCUCAGGUUGUCUCCCUGAAAUGCCCCGCAGAAGACCUCUAUGAAUCUGGCCUUUGUUGUUCCGCGGUCUCGCUGCUUCCCAAGGACAUCUUUCUUGCAGAUUUCCUCUCGAAUCAAAUUGAUGACCCUGGAGGAUCGGUGGUUUUGGACUGGUCUGCUGAACAACAGGCAGCUGGCAAGCACUGAGAUGAAGCGGGGGAAACCCUCCUGCCACCAUUUCUGCCCACAAACGGGACCAAAUUGGGCCGCUUUGCAAUGUCAUCUUUCUUGCAGUUGUGUCUUUCCCUCACUACAAGUGUUAACGGGGAGAGUUGAUAGCCAAUGCUGGGCCUUUCUUGCCUUGCUUCUUCUGGCUGUGUUGGGUGGAAGAGGCUGUUCAAAAGAGACGGUCUUCUGACCUACCAGGAUUGUGUCCCUCUGUAAAUGUGGACAAGCAGGGGGCUCUAAAUAAAGGACUUCACACUUCUCCUGGGAGCACUUUGA